AGAAGAAGCCGAAAGGGCUCGGCGUGUGUGUGUGUGCAUGUGUGCAUGCGUGUGUGAGUGCAUGUGUGUGAGUGCCGCCGCUGCCCAGGACCCCCGGCCCCGAAGGUGUUUGCUGAAAUAUGGAGAAUAGUCUUGGAUGUGUUUGGGUACCCAAGCUGGCUUUUGUACUCUUCGGGGCUUCCCUGCUCAGCGCGCCUCUUCAAGUCACCGGUUUCCAGAUUAAGCCGUUCACAUCACUGAGCUUCCUGUCAGAACCUUCUGAUGCUGUCACCAUGCGGGGAGGUAAUGUCCUCCUCAACUGCUCUGCAGAGUCCGACCAAGGAGUUCCAGUUAUCAAGUGGAAGAAAGAUGGCAUCCACCUCGCCUUGGGUUUGGAUGAAAGGAAGCAGCAGUUUCCAAAUGGGUCUCUGUUGAUACAAAACAUAGUUCACUCCAGGCACCAUAAGCCAGAUGAGGGACUCUACCAAUGCGAAGCAUCUUUGGGAGAUUCUGGAUCAAUUAUUAGCCGGUCGGCAAAAGUUGCAGUAGCAGGACCCCUGAGGUUCCUUUCCCAGACAGAAUCUGUCACAGCCUUCAUGGGUGAUACAGUGCUACUCAAGUGUGAAGUCAUCGGGGAGCCCAUGCCAACAAUACACUGGCAGAAGAACCAGCAGGACAUGACUCCGAGUCCAGGUGACUCCCGGGUGGUAGUCUUGCCCUCUGGAGCAUUACAGAUCAGCAGACUUCAACCCGGAGAUAUCGGAAUCUAUCGCUGCUUAGCCCGGAAUCCAGCCAGCUCAAGAACCGGAAACGAAGCAGAAGUCAGAAUUUUGUCAGAUCCAGGACUGCAUAGGCAGCUGUAUUUUCUGCAAAGACCAUCCAGUGUAGUAGCCAUAGAAGGAAAAGAUGCUGUCCUGGAGUGUUGUGUUUCUGGCUAUCCUCCACCAGGUUUUACCUGGCUAAGAGGAAAAGAAGUCAUCCAAAUCAGGUCCAAAAAGUAUACUUUGUUGGGUGGAAGCAACUUGCUGAUCUCCAAUGUAACAGAUGAUGACAGUGGAACUUACACCUGUGUUGUCACAUAUAAAAACGAGAAUAUUAGUGCCUCCGCAGAGCUCACAGUCUUGGUUCCACCAUGGUUUUUAAAUCACCCUUCCAACCUCUAUGCCUAUGAAAGCAUGGACAUUGAGUUUGAAUGUGCAGUCUCUGGAAAGCCUGUGCCCACUGUGAAUUGGGUGAAGAAUGGAGAUGUGGUCAUUCCUAGUGAUUAUUUUCAGAUAGUGGGAGAAAGCAACUUACGCAUCCUUGGAGUGGUAAAGUCAGAUGAAGGUUUUUACCAAUGUGUGGCUGAAAAUGAGGCUGGAAAUGCCCAGACAAGUGCACAGCUUAUUGUCCCUAAGCCUGCUAUCCCAAGCUCCAGUGUCCUCCCAUCUGCUCCCAGAGAUGUGGUCCCUGUCUUGGUUUCUAGCCGGUUUGUCCGUCUCAGCUGGCGCCCACCUGCUGAAGCAAAAGGGAACAUUCAAACCUUCACAGUCUUUUUCUCCAGAGAAGGUGACAACAGGGAAAGAGCAUUGAAUACAUCCCAGCCUGGGUCCCUUCAGCUCACCGUGGGAAACCUGAAGCCAGAAGCCAUGUACACCUUCCGAGUCAUGGCCUAUAAUGAAUGGGGACCAGGGGAGAGUUCUCAACCCAUCAAGGUGGCCACUCAGCCAGAGUUGCAAGUCCCAGGACCAGUAGAAAAUCUACAAGCUGUAUCUACCUCACCUACCUCGAUUCUUAUUACCUGGGAACCCCCUGCCUAUGCAAAUGGUCCAGUCCAAGGUUACAGAUUGUUCUGCACUGAGGCAAUCACAGGAAAAGAACAGAAUAUAGAGGUUGAUGGACUAUCUUAUAAGCUGGAAGGCCUGAAAAAAUUCACAGAAUAUACUCUUCGAUUCUUAGCUUAUAAUCGCUAUGGGCCAGGAGUAUCUACUGACGAUAUAACAGUGGUUACACUUUCUGAUGUGCCGAGUGCUCCGCCGCAGAAUGUCUCUCUAGAAGUGGUUAAUUCAAGGAGUAUCAAAGUAAGUUGGCUGCCUCCUCCAUCAGGAACACAAAAUGGAUUUAUUACAGGCUAUAAAAUUCGACACAGAAAGACAACCCGCAGGGGUGAGAUGGAAACACUGGAGCCAAACAACCUCUGGUACCUGUUCACAGGACUGGAGAAAGGAAGUCAGUACAGUUUCCAAGUGUCAGCCAUGACAGUCAAUGGCACUGGACCACCUUCCAACUGGUACACAGUGGAGACCCCAGAGAAUGAUCUUGAUGAGUCGCAGGUCCCGGACCAGCCAAGCUCUCUUCAUGUGAGGCCCCAGACCAACUGUAUCAUCAUGAGUUGGACUCCUCCCCUGAACCCAAAUGUUGUGGUGCGAGGAUACAUCAUUGGUUAUGGUGUUGGUAGCCCUUAUGCUGAGACGGUGCGCGUGGACAGCAAGCAGCGAUAUUAUUCCAUUGAGAGAUUAGAGUCAAGUUCCCAUUAUGUAAUCUCCCUAAAAGCUUUUAACAAUGCAGGAGAAGGAGUUCCUCUUUAUGAAAGUGCCACCACUAGAUCUAUAACAGAUCCCACUGACCCAGUUGAUUAUUAUCCUUUGCUUGAUGAUUUCCCCACCUCGGUCCCAGAUAUCUCCACCCCCAUGCUCCCACCAGUAGGUGUACAGGCUGUGGCUCUUACCCACGAGGCUGUGAGGGUCAGCUGGGCAGACAACUCUGUCCCUAAGAACCAAAAAACAUCCGAGGUGCGACUUUACACUGUCCGGUGGAGGACCAGCUUUUCUGCAAGUGCGAAGUACAAGUCAGAAGACACAACAUCUCUGAGUUACACAGCUACGGGGCUCAAACCAAAUACCAUGUACGAGUUCUCAGUGAUGGUAACAAAAAACAGAAGGUCAAGUACAUGGAGCAUGACUGCGCAUGCCACCACAUAUGAAGCAGCCCCGACCUCUGCUCCCAAGGACCUGACAGUCAUUACUCGAGAAGGGAAGCCUCGCGCUGUCAUUGUGAGCUGGCAGCCUCCGCUGGAAGCCAACGGGAAAAUUACUGCUUACAUCUUGUUUUAUACAUUGGACAAGAACAUACCAAUUGAUGACUGGAUUAUGGAAACAAUUAAUGGCGACCGACUUACUCAUCAAAUCAUGGAUCUCAACCUAGACACUAUGUAUUACUUUCGAAUUCAAGCACGGAAUGCUAAAGGAGUAGGGCCCCUCUCUGAUCCCAUCCUCUUCAGGACUCAGAAAGUGGAACACCCUGACAAAAUGGCUAAUGACCAAGGUCGUCAUGGAGAUGGAGGUUAUUGGCCAGUUGAUACUAAUUUGAUUGACAGAAGCACUCUCAAUGAGCCACCCAUCGGGCAGAUGCACCCGCCACACGGCAGUGUCACUCCUCAGAAGAGCAGCAACCUGCUUGUGAUCAUUGUCAUCACCAUUGGCGCAAUCACAGUGCUGGCGGUGGUGAUUGUGGCUGUGAUCUGCACCCGGCGCUCUUCAGCCCAGCAAAGAAAGAAACGGGCCACACACAGUGUUGGCAAGAGGAAGGGCAGCCAGAAGGACCUGCGACCCCCGGAUCUUUGGAUCCAUCAUGAAGAAAUGGAGAUGAAAAAUAUUGAGAAGCCAGCCAGCACUGACCUCACAGGAAGGGACUCCCCAAUCCAAAGCUGCCAAGAUCUCACGCCAGUCACCCACAGCCAGUCAGAAACCCAACUGGGGAGCAAAAGUACCUCUCACUCAGGUCAAGACACUGAAGAAGCGGGGAGCUCCAUGUCCACUCUGGAGAGGUCGCUGGCUGCACGCCGAGCCACCCGGGCCAAGCUCAUGAUUCCCAUGGACGCCCAGUCCAACAAUCCUGCUGUCGUGAGUGCCAUCCCUGUGCCAACUCUAGAAAGUGCCCAGUAUCCAGGAGUCCUGCCGUCUCCCACGUGCGGAUACCCCCACCCACAGUUCACUCUCCGGCCGGUGCCAUUCCCAACCCUGUCAGUGGACCGAGGCUUUGGGGCAGGAAGAAGUCAGUCAGUGAGUGAAGGACCAACCACCCAACAGACACCCAUGUUGCCCCCAACUCAACCAGAGCAUCCCAGCAGUGAGGAGGCGCCAAGUAGAACCAUCCCCACAGCCUGUGUUCGACCAACUCAUCCACUGCGCAGCUUUGCUAACCCUUUGCUACCUCCACCAAUGAGUGCAAUAGAACCGAAAGUCCCUUACACACCGCUUUUGUCUCAGCCAGGGCCUACUCUUCCCAAGACUCACGUGAAAACAGCCUCGCUGGGGUUGGCUGGAAAGGCGAGAUCCCCUUUGCUUCCCGUGUCUGUGCCAACGGCCCCCGAAGUGUCUGAGGAGAGCCACAAGCCAGCAGAGGACCCAGCCAAUGUGUAUGAACAGGACGAUUUGAGUGAACAAAUGGCAAGUUUAGAAGGGCUAAUGAAGCAACUUAAUGCCAUCACAGGCUCGGCCUUUUAACCCGAAUUACCGAAUGGGUGAAGUGAUUCUCCGGGAACUCUGCAGCCUACCAAUUACCCAUAAACAGCACACCUGUGUCCAAGAACACUAACCAGUAUACAGGCCAACCACGAGGACCACUGUGAGGAUGAUCCUGAAGUAGUUCAGAAGGAAUAAUCUUUCACUGGCAUCAGGAAUUAGAAAAUGAUGACUAUGGGGUCCCUAAACAAAAACAAAGAUGCAUCCUCACUGCACUGUCAAAGCUGAAGCUGCUAGAAUAGUCCCGGGUCUUUGUCACUGCAGUGACAACUGUCAUAACCAAUGCCUAUGUUUUCUUCAUCAAGGCCUGUUGUUUCUUUAUGUGUAGGGCUAGUCUUACAAAAUGAAAGUGCAUUACUUAAGCCUGUGUACCAUGGUAAAUCAGCAAGCUCACUAUUUUGUUUUCUACUUUAAAGUACAAAGCACCCACAGUAAUCCUCUCACUACAUAGCACCAAAGGAUUGGAUGUUUUUCUGACAGCACAAAAAGUAAAUAAACAUACAAAAGGCAGGAGGGUCUAUGUUUUGUAAAUCAUUCAUCUUGCCCAAGUGGUGAAUAUAGCAAGUAGCUGUAAAACCCAUUUUAGCAAGCACUUGCAAAUCCACCCUUGGUUAACAUUUAUGUCUGGAAAACAGGAACAUAAAAAUCUGCAACUAGUGGCAUCCUGCCAGCAGCAGUACAUUUCCGGAAAGAGGAUACAAUAUGCCAUCUUCUCAGACACACGGUAAUUAUGUGCUUAAGCUUGUAAAAGAACACUUUUCAAUUUCGGUGGCUUUUGUGCCAUUCCACACUGUGAUGACAUUUCAAAGCUUCACCAAGGCCAUCUUCCCCAGGAGCCUGGCAGGGAGAGCAACGCCCCCUCCUUCCCUGAGUUCUCCCGGGCACCAGCCUUGGGGGAGGUGGCCAACUGCACACUUCCCAUGGCCUCCAGGCCAGUGGCCUCGGUAACCCUUGGUGGAAAUGGCAGACACUCCGAGAGCAGGCCCCAGCAAGGGAAUGAAAACAGAAGGCAGUCUGCAACAGUACCUUCUUCUAGUGAUGCCACUUCCCCCAUCAGGGUCCUCCUCCCUAACUUAGACCGGGCAGCGUUGGCAAGUGGCAACCACAACACCCUGCUGCUGAGGAAAUCUGCUGCCACACGCCUGUCCCAGGGUCGGGGAGGAGCAGAGACAAGGGCCUCACUGGUCACCCUGACACGUCAUACAUCCAGCAGAUACUUUUCAAAGCAGUGUCUUCAUUGGGGGCUAGAAUUUUAAACUUCUAUUGCCAUGUUAAUCUACAGCUUGGAACAAGCUGAAAUUAAGAACAUUUUGUGUGCACCCUUUUAGUUUCCGAAUUCUCAGCUGUAUUUGGAGUUAAUCCCUGUUUAUGCAGCUGAAAUGCCAAAAGGGAGCUAGUUUGCAUAUUUAUCAGUUAGGUGACUUGAAAACUCAGUAAGAGAGUUUCAGCUGAAUUAUUCCUUUCAGCUCUGCCUUUGAUUUCAAGCUUGAGUAGGUCAUAAUUUUAAAAGAGCAUGAAAGGGAUAGGAUCUUUACAACCUAAUAGCUCCUUUUAUUAGGUGGGUAAUUAUAUUUGAAUCCCUGAAUGAAAUAUUUUGAACAAAAUGGCACUGUAACAGAAAUAAUAAUUCAGAUUAUUUUUUUACAGUUUUAUGUCGGGAAGGAAGUCUGAUGUCAAAGAGAGGGCUUGUUCAAAUGGUUCAUUAGAAAGUCCGGUCCGUUUGUGAAAUCGUCCCUUCAACAAGAGUGCUUGUUCAGUUUACUAAGAUUCUCUGGAAGUCCUGGAACUGUGUGAUAUUAUCUCAUGGCGCAGUUUAUUCUUGGUCAACCACUGGGCACUUAGGUAGACAGCUCUCCAAUGACCCUGGAAUCAGGCAUUUCUGAACAUAAUAUGGAAUCCUGCAGAAACAAUUCACUCCUUCAAAACAGAAAAUGUUCUUAGGCUAGCAUAAAGUUCAUGAGGCCGCAGAAUGGCUUCCCCUUUCUGAUACUCACAAAAGAGGAAUAAUAUUUAAAAGCCUUCUGCACUCAUUGAGAGUCACCCUCAGUGCUGUUUGGAAUGAGUUGCAAAUCUCAGACUUCAGGAAUUGAGGCUUGCCGUCAUUCUGGAGAAUAUAGCUGGACAAUCGACAGAACUAACAUUUUCACAAAAUUCUGGACCCCUUAAGUCAAGGUCAAUGACCUUUGGACCACAUUUUAAACAUAAUUUGAAAAUAUACAUUUUUUUUUAAGGGGGAGGUAUAUUUCUGCUUCAUGUUCUUGAAACUUUCUUCAUUAAACAAGAAUAAUGGUUUAUUUCAGUAAUUGGCAAUGCUAAUAAGUCUUAGUUCCAUGCCUUAAAUAAUACAGUAGAAUCCAUUUAAAUAAUGUCAAGAGGCUCUAGUGUGAUUUAUCUGCUGAUUUCAAUAUGCAACAUAUUUUCACCACAACUUCUUUACAACUCUGCUCCACAACCCUGCAAAGGGUUCAUAUAUGUGUUCAAGUGACUGCUCAAGUUUUCAGGUAACUUCUUAAUUUCCUGGUUUCCUGCCCUCUUGAAAAGAAGUAACCUGUGAAUACUGAGUGAUGCUCGGAUUUGCUUGUACUCUGAGUCCUGCUCCUGGCAUGCAGGGCUUUUAAGCUCAUAAAUCUCUCUGCUUCCUGAAGCGUGAUGCUUGCCAGCCAGCCAAGAACUCUGCCACCAGGACUCAUUUCUCCCCAAAAAAGGAGAAAACAAAACUGGGCAGGGCCAGUUCAGACCUUCCCUGCAGCAUGGCCAAACUGUCGAGCAAGACCUUCCUCUUAAAAAGUUUGAUAUUUUUAUGCUAUAUUUUAUCCUGGUAAGAAAGCUAUUCUCUUUCCUUUGGAAAGGUCUGUGUUUGUUAAGCACAUAAAAAUGUACAUAUCUCAAAAUCUGUAAAGGCUAUUUGGAUGAUGCUAUAGCCAAAAGUUAAAUAUUUCUUAGUAAUUCACAUUCAAUAAGAAUCCAGCCAUAGCAAUAUCUUCAUAUAGCAGAGCCAUAAGCUUCUGGAAUAUUUAAAUAAUGGAACUUUGCAUUUGAAUAUUAUAAAAUGCACAAUCAAUUGAAAAAUCUGAAGAAAAUUCAUCAAGUCAAUGAUAAAAGAGGUGACUUUAAGGUUUCCUGUUAGGGUUGGAUAUAACAUUAAUUAGUCUUUUCAAACUAAGGAUUGUUCAAAAUGAGACACUUGCUCCAUCUCCUUCCUUGGCAGCAGCUGCAAAAGGAGAGCCACCCAACGUUAGCAUGACGGUCCAGGUAAAAUGCUGCAACUGUGAAGUCUGGCACUCAUUGGCUUUUCCAAUAAAGAAUCUCUAAGUGUAGAUCUUCCUGGAAACCGUCACAGUCCAUGUUUGAAAGUAGGUUGCAGAUUCUUAUCAACCUUUUUGACACUUCCCUUGGCUUUGUUUAAAUGAGCAUCCUAAGGUUGUCUCCAAAUUUAAUAAGAGCAUUCCAGAUGUGGCAGCUAGAUUGGGAUGCCAACACAAGAAAGUUUCCUCUCAAGAGAUCACCUCGCCAUUUUAGAUCAAAUUGUAUCCCAGACUCACACACUUUCUGUAGUUUUGGAAUGUCCACUUAUAGUCAUUGAAAGAAAGGCAAAUAGGAGCAGAGUUUUAUCCGCCCUCACCCAGUUCAUUUCAUGCCACCACAGUCCAUCCCAAAGGCCAGAGCUGAGUAUCCUGGCCUGUUCGUAACCACACACACAAUAUAGAGCCCACAACGUUCUAGAACCACAGAAGCAGCCACACACAUCAGCAGUCAUAUUUUUUUUUUCAGUAACUUUCAAAGCAACAUUUUACUCCUAAUUUACAUUUCUCUAGUGACUUUCAUAAAUGAGCUUAAUAUUGUAUGGAAUAGUUUUUCAUUUGAUUCCAUUAUUUUAAAUUAAAUUGGAUACUUUGCAAAAUCAGAAUAGUUGUUUCGUAUGAGAGAGAUUCCAUUCCAUUAAAAAAAGUCAUGUUAUGUCUCACGUAUUUUCUAUCCAAGUACCUUGUUCUAAAAGAUAUUGACUCUGGAAAGAAAUGCCUGAGUGUUUCCUGAUGAGGUUGUAUAGGAGACCAACUACCGUGCCCAUUUCCCCAAAUGAAUAUCAAUUCUGAUCUGGGCGCUCUGUUGCUGCCAUUGGAUAAUAUUCACAUGGUGGACUUCCAGUUGCACUCCCUGAAGGAUUUGUUCUCUUGCUCUCACUAGAGAGCCUUUGUACAUUGUCAUCCUAUGAUUUUCUGUUGGUUGGAGAGCAACAGCAAAACUCUACAGUAUGUCAUAAACAAAGACGCAUGGGCCAAGGGAUCUCACUGUGUGCUGAACGUGUAUUUUCAGAUGCAGGAAAGGAAUGUUGGGGAGGAGGAGAAAUGCUGUUUUUUAUUAUUGUAGGGCAAACCUGACAAUUCUGAACUUUGUGAAUUGUCAG